AUGAGAGGAUUCCAACGAGCUAUGGCUCGUCCUUGUACGAUCACUGGAUGGUCAGCUUUAGAAGUAUUUCAGGCGAAAUACCAAGACACUAAAAGUGUUCCAAAAACACCAAAAGACUUAGUGGUCAUGGACGAAUGCGGUCUCUCUACUCACGGGUUCUGGAUUUACUCGUUUCAUAUACAGGCACCAUUAUUUACAUUUAAGGGUUAUGAAGAAGCAUCUUUGUUUCUUGAUAACGUAGUCCAGCGUGUACCAAAACAGGUUCAUCAAUCCAUUUUUCUUCCUUAUAGUCCCCACGUACAGUACAUUCGUAUACUCGGCUCCACGUUUAAAGAUAACCCUAGACACAAAAAAAUUUCGCCAUAUAGUCAUCUUUUUGGAACAACUACUGAUCUUCAUCAAAACGCAUUAUUUGUCAACCAUUUUCUUGCCAACGAAUACAGUGGACUAGAUAGAGAAAAUAUCUCAAGCCAAGUUAACGAGGACACCUGUAACCAGAAUGGCAAUCACUUUACAGAAGAGAUUGCUGACCUUCCUGUCACUGGAAUGCAAAAGGCUAGACAUGGCAGUGUUGUAUCUGAGGACGCCCAUUACCAUUCGCAUAACAAUGAUAUUCAUGAAAUAGGAGAAGAUAAUGACACUGACCCGUCCAAGUUAGCAACGCAUGACUCUGUUAUCAAAUUGGGAGGGGAUAUUAAGCAAGUUGGUGCUCUUGAAACAGAAAAACAAAUCAUAAAAAAUGGCAGAACAAUAGCCACUAGCGUUCUUCAGACCUCUAGUCAUGACCAACCUAGUAAAAUAACAGAUACUAAUAAAAGUAGUCCUAGAGAGGUGCAUAUGUCAGAAUCAGUAGCAAUACAAACCUGCACAAAUACCUGGAAGACAUUCUUAAGGAAUACAUAUAAUCGUGGUAAUAUAGACUCGGUUGGUUCGGCUAGCAGCAGUACAAUGAUCUGUAGAGGUGUAAGAAUUCAAUCAAGAAUGAAAAUAUGUAUAGUACAGUUUUCAGGUAUGAGUGUUCGAGAUAAUAAGGACUCACCAGAAACGGGUUCCCCACCUCCGGCUUUUAUUAAUAAAACUCUGCUUUGUAGAGUCAUCCUAGCAUGUGUUUUACUGUUAGCAGAAAGAGUGAACUACUGUAAAAGGCACGUUGUAGAAAUUCACCCUAACUGUCAUCUAUGA